UUACAAAAUAUGUAUGAAUCAAGGUUGAACACAUUGCUAUUUUUUUGCAUUAAAAUAAAGCUCCGUAAUUUUGUUAGUUACAUAAAAAUAAAAUAGAAUUAUUAUAAAAUAUUGGUUACAACUAUUGAAAAAUGAAUGAAGUUAAUAUUCUUAGAAAUUUAAAGAAAACAUCUGGAUCGUGGUUAUUUUCUAGUUUAAAAAAUUUUGCGAAUCUUUCUUUUGUACCAAAAUAUGAACCACCGAAGCCAAAUGAUUUAAUUCAGCUUGAAAAUUUCAUAAGAAAUGAAGGCAAAAUAUGUGUUUUAACUGGUGCAGGUGUUUCAACAGAAAGUGGAAUUCCCGAUUAUAGGUCUGAAGGAGUUGGAUUAUAUGCUACUAGUAAUAGAAGGCCUGUUUUAUACCAAGAUUUUAGAAAACAUGAUCAUAUCAGGAAGAGGUAUUGGGCUAGGAAUUAUAUCGCAUGGCCGAGGUUUUCGGAAUUCCAACCGAAUUUCAGUCAUAAAAUUCUUAAAUAUCUAGAAGAUUUAAACAUCGUAUCAUGUAUUAUUACUCAAAAUGUUGAUAGAUUACAUUCAAAAGCAGGUAGUAGUCAGGUAAUAGAAUUACAUGGAACUGGUUACACUGUUAUGUGUUUAAACUGUGAUAGUAAAAUUAGUAGAGAAGAUUUUCAACAUAUUUUAGACAAAUUAAAUCCAACCAUUAACGCUAAUAGCAAAGAAAUACGGCCGGAUGGUGAUAUUGAACUUUCAGACGAACAAGCCCAAGCGUUUGUUUUACCGUCUUGUGAAAAUUGUGGUGGUAUAUUAAAACCUGAUAUUGUAUUUUUUGGAGACAACGUACCAAGACAUACUGUUGAGCAAGUUCGACAUGCCGUUGACGAAGCUGAUGCGUUAUUGGUACUUGGUACAUCUCUAACUACAUUUUCCGGAUAUAGAAUAAUUUUACAAGCUGUUGAAGAAAAAAAGCCAAUUGCAAUUGUUAAUAUUGGUGAAACUAGAGCUGAUAAGUAUGCAGCUAUUAAAUUAAAUUCUGGAUGUGGUGAAGUUUUCAAACAACUAUUUCCCAAUUUAAAUUUUCAUAGUUAGAUGAAUACAUAAUUGAGUAGACAAUGACAAAUGUAAAUAAAUUAUAUUUAUUGAAAUAUAACUAAAAUUUUAUGCGUGCAAUAAUUAUUCUUUUCAGUUGUUAAAAUUCGUUGAAAUAUUUAGUUUAAUUCGUGCUAGUCAAUGACAUACGUCAAAUAUUAAAUGAAAUAUAUUAGUAUAGAUCAGGCAAAAAAAGAGCACUGAGAUAUAAACUAAUGAAAUCUGUUUAGCAUGAAAUCUGUAGUUCACAGAAUUUAGGAAGUUUUACCUCGUUUGGUUGAAUCAAAUUGAUACAGCUCUGAAAAAUUCCAUUUCUGAUAAUUUCAACACCCAAUCGGUUAGUUGAAAUUCUAAUGAAUAGCUAAAAGAGCUUCGAAUUUGUUAGUAAAUCAUAAAUAAACGAAGAAAAUGAAA